AUGAGCAAGGCUAUUGAAGAGCCAGGGAAAUCCAUAAUUAGAAUCAGGAGUGUCCAACUCAAUCAGCAGAGGUCACUUGAACAGAGAAAUAUGCUUCAGAGCUAUGGGUUGGUCGUCUUCUACCUGCCAGUGGAACAAAAUGCUGAGCAAAGUUAUGCAGAGAGUCACACGAGAGGAAGACAUAGGACAAUUCCUAAUGUCAUAGAAAGUAGAGACCAGGGUGGAAACAGGGAGAACCUUUUGGAGGCUGUUGUAACAGUUUUGGGAGAUGACAAUGGCUUGGACCAAAGUGGUGGUGGAGAUGGUAAAAUUGAUCAGAUUGGAAUGUAUUUCGGAGGAAUGUAUCCAAGCAAGAUCUAUAUAGAGGAAAAGGGGCAAGAAAGUAAUGUUAAUGAUGAGACCAUGGACCCCAAGAGCAAGAAACAAUUGGAAAAUGAAACUUACAAAACAAUACCAUUGGAGCCGGUGUCCGGGGCCACUGGUGGGACGUGUCCAGCGCUUGGCGCAGCAGGAAGCAGCAAUGAUCUCGGCCUGAGUUCCCAGCGCCAGCCCGGCUCCUUUCCCGCUGCGGUGAGCGACUCAAGCACCCGGCUCAUUAACGCGUUGAUUCGUUCAGUACUGCGUCAGGAAAGGGGAGGUAACAGCUCCUUCAGCCAUGAGGCACUCCCGCUCAGGUAUAAACUGGACAGCCAGUUUGAGCUGGUGUUUGUGGUAGGAUUUCAGAAGAUCCUAACCCUGACGUGCGCAGGCAAGUUGAUAGACGCUAUGCACCGGCUGUUUUGUGACAAGUACCGCACUGAGAUCCAACAGCAAAGUGCCUUAAGUCUAUUGAAUGGCACUUUCAAUUGCCAGAAUGACUUUCUGCGGCUCCUUCGUGAAGCAGAGGAGAGCAGUAAGAUCCGUGCUCCCACAACUGUGAAGAAAUUUGAAGAUUCUGAAAAGCCCAAGAAACCUGUGAGGUGCAUGAUUGAGACACAGGGUGAAAAGCCUAAGGAAAAAGCCAAGAACAGCAAAAAAAACAAAAACAAAAACAAGGGGACCAAGAAGGAAGGUUCUGAUGGCCCUCUGGCUACCAGCAAAGCAGUCCCUGCAGAAAAGUCAGGUCUCCCAGUGGGGCCUGAGAAUGGGAUAGAACUUUCCAUAGAGGAAUUGAUCCGCAGGAAGUGAAAAAAGUUCAUUCAGAAGCAUGGGAGGGGUAUGGAGAAGUCCGGCAAGUCCAGUAAGUCAGACGCUCCCAAGGAGAAGGGCAAAAAAGUGCCCGGGGUGUGGGCACUGGGUGGCUCUGCUAACAGAGAAGUCCUGGACUAUUGCAAUCCCACCACCAAUGGAGCCCCCAAGGUGGCCCCGGCCGAGGGCAUCAACUUGAUUCAAGGGACUGGGUCUGGGAGGCAGCUUCAGGAUCUGGACUGCAGCAGCUCAGAUAACUUAGGGGCUGCUCAAAACUCCAUCAAACCUAGUGCUACCAAGGGGAACCUAGGUGGCAUGUUUGGGAUGCUGAAGGGCCUUGAGGGUUCCAAGAGCUUGAGUCGUGAAGACAUGGAAUCUGUGCUGGACAAGAUGCAUGACCAUCUCAUUGCUAAGAACGUGGCAGCAGACAUUGCAGUGCAACUCUGUGAACCUGUAGCCAACAAGCUGGAAGGGAAGGUGAUGGGGAUGUUCAGAACGGUGACUUCCACCGUAAAGCAAGCUCUCCAAGAGCCCCUGGUGCAGAUUCUGCAGCCACUGCGCCGUGUAGACAUGCUCCAGGAUAUCAUGUAUCCCCAGCACCAUCAGCACCCUUACGUGGUCACUUUCUGUGGUGUGAACAACGUGGGGAAGUCUAUUAAUCUUGCCAAGAUUUCCUUCUGGCUGUUAGAGAAUGGCUUCAGUGUCCUCAAUGCUGCCUGCCAUACAUUUCGUGCCAGGGCUGUGGAGCAGCUGCGGACGCACACCUGGCGUUUGAGUGCCCUAUACCCCCCUGAGAAUCACGGCAGCCACACCAUGGUGCAGUUGUUUGAGAAGGGCUAUGGCAAGGAUGCUGCUGGCAUUAUCAUGCAAGCCGUUGCCUUUGCACAUAACCAAGGUUUUGAUGUGGUGCUGGUGGACACAGCUGGCCGCAUGCAAGACAAUGCCCCUCUGAUGACUGCCCUGGCCAAGCUCAUUACUGUCAAUGCACACGACUUGGUGCUGUUUGUGGGGGAGGCCUUAGUAGGCAAUGAGGCCGUGGACCAGCUGGUCAAGUUCAACAGAGCCUUGGCCGACCAUUCUAUGGCCCAGACACCUCGUGUCCUUACCAAAUUUGAUACCAUCGAUGACAAGGUGGGAGCUGCUAUAUCUAUGACCUACAUCACAAGCAAACCCACUGUCUUUGUGGGCACUGGCCAGAUCUACUGUGACCUAUGCAGUCUCAAUGCCAAGGCUGUGGUUGUUGCCCUCAUAAAGGCUUAA